GGAUCCCAGGGACUGAUCCCACAGCCGAACGCAGGCUGCAGGAAGGACUCGGGUGAGCUGUGGCUUUGCCAGCGCCAAGGGAACGCAAGGAGCUCUGCUGUGGCACCCGCAGAUCGCUAAUAUCUGUGUCCAAGAGACCUAUUGAACAGCUAUGAAGAGCUCUGUGGCCUGAGCCAACAGAAGAAGCCACCGUGGUCCUGGGAGAUGCAAUAUUGACUUCGAGCAGGAUCAUCUCAGAAGUUCAACCUGUAAAGCAGAGAACCCGUAGCCUGUUUGUGCUGACCAGGGGCAGCUGAACAAAGCAUCAUGACAAGCCAUCAGGAAGUAAAACCCCUCAAGAAAUCUUUGGUUCCGGGUGUUCUCAUCACCCAGUUUGUGGAUGAGGUUCCAGAGGGAUGCAGUACACCUGACUUUGAGCGGAAACCUGUCUCUCUGACGUUGGAGGAAGGUAAAAAUGCCAUCUUCAGAGCUGUGGUCAGAGGUGUCCCAACCCCUGACGUGAAAUGGACGCGUACACAAGGCAGAAUGGAUGACCCUGCCAAAUAUGAAACAUUCUUCAAUAGCGUUACAAAUGAAUUCGUUCUGCAGGUAAACAAGCUCACUGCAAAAGACAGUGAUUUGUAUCGUUGCUUUGCUGUGAAUGAAUAUGGGGAAGCUUCAUGCUCUGCUGGCCUCAGGAUCAUACAAGUUGGCUUUAAGAGGAAAGCCAAAUACGUCCCUGUUCAUGCUGCUGAUGAGUUAAAGAGGACGCUUGAGGACUCCAGGAAGCGGCUGAGGAAGCGGGCCCCAGCACCAAAACCCAAACCCUUGGAUAAAGAAGAAGUUUGGCAAUUGCUGCUGCAUGCAGAUAAGAGAGAUUAUGAGAAAAUCUGUAUCAAAUAUGGAAUUGUUGACUUCCGUGGGAUGCUGAAAAAGCUGCAGGAGCUGAGGAAGGACGCAGAGAGUGAACAAGGAGAGCUAAUACACAGUAUCAAAAACUUCAAACACAUCAAAGUCACCAAGGAUGGAAAAGCUACAUUCAGCCUGGAGAUGGACCUGAAAAGUAGAAAAAGCAAAGUCUAUCUGCUUAAGGAUGGUGAAAGGCUCAGGUAUGAAACGAGUAAUGAAUAUGGGAAGCACUGCCUGAGGCAAAUUGGGAAAAAGUACAUAUUCAUUGUCAACGAUGUGCAGCAGGAAGAUGCAGGAUUGUAUCAAGUCCGAGUGGAGGAUGUGCCUGUUUUCUCAACUGAACUGGACCCUGACUCCAUCCCUGUGGGAUUUGAGCAGCCACUCAGCAAUAUGAAUUGCCCUGAGAAUGAAGAUGCCAUCUUCAAGUGUGUCCUACGCACCCCUUGCCAUGAUGCUGUGUGGUUGCACAAAACCAACGUCCUGGAGGCAAGUGAGAAGCACCAGAUCUCUGUAAGUCCUGAUGGGCUGACCCACCAGCUGACUAUCAAAAACGCUGUGCCCUCUGACAACGGCAUGUACACCAUCGACACUGGACUUUCCUGCUCAAAUGCCUGGCUUAUUGUAGGGCAUGCCAAAGGAAAGGGGAGACCAGGUGAAGCAGAAGAAAGCUCUGAGUGGCUGGAAGAGACAUUGCCAAAGAGAGACUGGGCAAAGAAACUUCGACAGGGAGAAUCUAUUGGUGAUGGAGAUCAUCUCAUGGACACUGAGGAGGAAAAAGAUGGCUGGUACAGAAAUGGUCAAGGAGGAAGCCAAGGCCACUCUGUUGAUGCUAAUGGAAGCCAUAGAUUUUUGGGAAAGGCUGGGCUACGCAGAGCCAACAGAAAUGAAAGUAUGGGGGGUGGGCAGUUUUCUGAAGCAGAUCUAGAUGGAGACACCAUGGCAAGUGAUGGGAGUAUUUUGGGAUGGAAAGGCUUUGGAGGCAAAAGUGGAUUAAGGCCUUUCCAAGGCAAGGAUUCUAUGGCAGGCAGAGAAGAUACUGGUGAUGAAUCGAGAGCAGUAGGUGAAUGGAAUUCUGUGGAUGGCAGAGGUGGUGUUAUCCUACGUAGUGCUAAAGUUGGCAUGGCUGAUGGAGAAGGUGUGGGCUUUCAGCAUGACAAGGAUGGUAAAUUAGGUGAUAGUAGUUACAGAGCUGGCUUUGGGGGUGUUGGGAGAUCAGGUGCUGCUGGUGGAAGUUCUGAGGUAGAUGGACUUGAUCCUGAUUCAACCGGAGUGGGAAAUGGAAUGAGGUCCCCCUAUGGCAAGGAUGGUCUGCCAGCUGUGGUUGAUAGGGAUGGAGCAAGCAUAAACACAGAAGGACAAAUAGGGAUCCCGUAUGGUGAAGAUGGCCUGGCACUUCAUGCUAGAGGUCACUUAGGUCAGACAGGAAGGUCUGGCUUGCUGUAUGGUCCAGGUGGAACUCCAGUUGGAGAUAAGGCUACAUCUGGUGCAGGUGGCAGUUCUAUAGGGGAAAUGGAGGCUUUGUAUGGUCCAGAUGGUUGGCCACUUAGACAAGGUGCUGCUGUAGCUGGUGCAGGAGGAGCUGGAUCUAAAUAUGGAAAGGAUGGUCUCCCAGUUGGACCGGGAUUCGGUGAUGCUGGUAUACCUGGUGCAACUGGUGCAGGAGGAGUUGGGUCUCCAUAUGGAAAGGAUGGUCUCCCAGUUGGAGCUGGCAUAGGUGGUGCAGGGAGAGUUGGAUCUCCAUAUGGAAAGGAUGGUCUCCCAGUUGGAGCUGGCAUAGCUGGUGCAGGGGGAGUUGGAUCUCCAUACGGAAAGGAUGGUCUCCCAGUUGGAACUGGCCUUAGUGGUGCUGGUGUACCUGGUGCAGGGGGAGUUGGGUCUCCAUAUGGAAAGGAUGGUCUCCCAGUUGGAGCUGGCCUUAGUGGUGCUGGUGUAGGUGGUGCAGGAGGAGUUGGAUCUCCAUAUGGGAACGAUGGUUUCCCAGUUGGAGCUGGCCUUAGUGGUGCUGGUGUAGCUGGUGCAGGGGGAGUUGGAUCUCCAUAUGGGAAGGAUGGUCUCCCAGUUGGAGCUGGAUUUGGUGGUGCUGGUGCGGGUGGUGGAGAAGGACCUGGGUCUCCCUAUGGAAGGGAUGGUCUCCCAGUUGGAGCUGCCAUAGGUGCUGCUGGUGUAGGUGGUGCAGGGGGAGUUGGGUCACCAUAUGGAAAGGAUGGUCUCCCAGUUGGAGCUGGCCUUGGUGGUGCUGGUGUAGGUGGUGCAGGGGGAGUUGGGUCUCCAUAUGGGAAGGAUGGUCUCCCAGUUGGAGCUGGAUUUGGUGGUGCUGGUGUAGCUGGUGCAGGAGGAGUUGGAUCUCCAUAUGGGAAGGAUGGUCUCCCAGUUGGAGCUGGGUUUGGUGGUGCUGGUGUAGGUGGUGCAGGAGGAGUUGGAUCUCGAUAUGGAAAGGAUGGUGUCCCAGCUGGAGCUGGCAUAGCUGGUGCUGGUGUAGGUGGUGCAGGAGGAGCUGGGUCUCCAUAUGGAAAGGAUGGUCUCCCAGUUGGAGCUGGAUUUGGUGGUGCUGGUGUAGGUGGUGCAGGGGGAGUUGGAUCUCCAUAUGGAAAGGAUGGUCUCCCAGUUGGAGCUGGCAUAGCUGGUGCAGGGGGAGUUGGGUCUCCAUAUGGAAAGGAUGGUCUCCCAGUUGGACCGGGAUUUGGUGGUGCUGGUGUAGGUGGUGCAGGGGGAGUUGGAUCUCCAUAUGGAAAGGAUGGUCUCCCAGUUGGAGCUGGAUUUGGUGGUGCUGGUGUAGGUGGUGCAGGAGGAGUUGGAUCUCCAUAUGGGAAGGAUGGUCUCCCAGUUGGAGCUGGAUUUGGUGGUGCUGGUGUAGCUGGUGCAGGAGGAGUUGGAUCUCCAUAUGGGAAGGAUGGUCUCCCAGUUGGAGCUGGAUUUGGUGGUGCUGGUGUAGCUGGUGCAGGAGGAGUUGGAUCUCCAUAUGGGAAGGAUGGUCUCCCAGUUGGAGCUGGAUUUGGUGGUGCUGGUGUAGCUGGUGCAGGAGGAGUUGGAUCUCCAUAUGGGAAGGAUGGUCUCCCAGUUGGAGCUGGAUUUGGUGGUGCUGGUGUAGCUGGUGCAGGAGGACCUGGGUCUCCCUAUGGAAGGGAUGGUCUCCCCAUUGGAGCUGGCUUUGGUGGUGCUGGUGCAGGUGGUGCAGGGGGAGUUGGAUCUCCAUAUGGGAAGGAUGGUCUCCCCGUUGGAGCUGCCAUAGGUGGUGUUGGUGUACCUGGUGCAGGAGGAGUUGCGUCUUCAUACGGAAAGGAUGGUCUCCCAGUUGGAGCUGGAUUUGGUGGUGCUGGUGCAGGUGGUGCAGGAGGACCUGGGUCUCCCUAUGGAAGGGAUGGUCUCCCAGUUGGAGCUGCCAUAGGUGCUGCUGGUGUAGGUGGUGCAGGGGGAGUUGGGUCACCAUAUGGGAAGGAUGGUCUCCCAGUUGGAGCUGGCCUUGGUGGUGCUGGUGUAGGUGGUGCAGGAGGAGUUGGAUCUCCAUAUGGAAAGGAUGGUCUCCCAGUUGGAGCUGGAUUUGGUGGUGCUGGUGUAGCUGGUGCAGGAGGAGUUGGAUCUCCAUAUGGAAAGGAUGGUCUCCCAGUUGGAGCUGACCUUGGUGUUGCUGGUGUACCUGGUGCAGGAGGAGUUGGAUCUCCAUAUGGAAAGGAUGGUGUCCCAGUUGGAGCUGGCUUUGGUGCUGCUGGUGUAGGUGGUGCAGGAGGAGUUGGGUCUCCAUAUGGAAAGGAUGGUGUCCCAGCUGGAGCUGGUGUAGGUGGUGCUGGUGUAGCUGGUGCAGGGGGAGUUGGAUCUCCAUAUGGAAAGGAUGGUCUCCCAGUUGGAGCUGGAUUUGGUGGUGCUGGUGUAGCUGGUGCAGGAGGAGUUGGAUCUCCAUAUGGAAAGGAUGGUCUCCCAGCUGGAGCUGGCUUUGGUGCUGCUGGUGUAGGUGGUGCAGGAGGAGUUGGGUCUCCAUAUGGAAAGGAUGGUCUCCCAGCUGGAGCUGGCAUAGCUGGUGCUGGUGUAGGUGGUGCCGGGGGAGUUGGAUCUCCAUAUGGAAAGGAUGGUCUCCCAGCUGGAGCUGGCAUAGCUGGUGCUGGUGUAGGUGGUGCUGGGGGAGUUGGAUCUCCAUAUGGAAAGGAUGGUCUCCCAGUUGGGGCUGGCAUAGCUGGUGCUGGUGUAGGUGGUGCAGGAGGAGUUGGGUCUCCAUAUGGGAAGGAUGGUCUCCCAGUUGGAGCUGGCUUUGGUGGUGCUGGUGUAGGUGGUGCAGGGGGAGUUGGGUCUCCAUAUGGAAAGGAUGGUCUCCCAGUUGGAGCUGGCUUUGGUGGUGCUGGUGUAGGUGGUGCAGGGGGAGUUGGGUCCCCAUAUAGAAAGGAUGGUCUCCCAGUUGGAGCUGGCUUUGGUGGUGCUGGUGUAGCUGGUGCAGAGGUAGUAGGAUCUCUGUAUGGAAAGGCUGGUGUCCCACGUGUGGGUGCGGCAGGCUCUGGUGGUUUUCGUUUGGGAGGUGCAGAAGUAAUGGGGUCUCACCAUGGCAGGGAUUCUGUGCCUAGCAAAGCUGCAGGUUAUGCAGGUGGAGCAGGAAAUGUCUUUUCCUCAGAACUUGGUGGUGUAGGUAGAUCUGCAGUGAGGGAUACUGCAUCUCCCUAUGGCAAGGACAGUGUGUCAGCUGGAGCCAGGGCUGGUGUGGAUGGCAUUGGGAGUUUGAGAGGUGAUGAGAAGGGGUUACGUUCUGGAGGUGGUAAGGAAGAUGUGAUAGGUGCCGAUGGACGUGGGGGUGAAUAUGGGCUGGAUUCACGUCCUGGCAAGUCUUCUACUGGACGUGAAACCGGAAAGGGCACUGCCAGUGAUUUCAGAUCAGGGAGUAAAGGUUCAUCUGAUGACAGAGGUUCACUUUCACGUGAAGGAGCUGCCAGGGGUGGAGGCAGAGAUCUAGGGCAGUUACGGUCCCUUCAUGGCCCUAAAUCUGCCUUUGGAGGGGCAGCGAGUAAAUCCCUUAACAGAUUUGCUGGUGGGAGGAGUUCAGGUAGGUUUGGUCAAGGUUCAUUGGAUUAUGGUCAGAUGUCAGCUCAUUAUGGUGGACUUCCUUCGAUAAACCAGCGGAAAGAGGAACCCAGCCUUGAUUUUAAAACAAAUGAUUUCUUGAAGAACAUAGAAAGUGUGGAAAAAAGGCGACAUUAUUGCCUUGAUGAUCUGAAAGCGCCACGCUGUCAUGUCAACAAACAGCUACUGAAUGUCAGAGUCCUGAAAGGGGAACCAGCUGAGCUGUCUUGCACUGUCAGUAAAGAUGGAGUGACAGGAACCUGGUUUAAAGAUGGAUUGAAGUUAACCAGCAUGGAGGGAGUCUGCUUUAAAAAGGAAGGUCUAGUCCACAAACUGGUUAUUGACAAAGUGGAAGAUAUUCACGCUGGGAAGUACAGGUUUGAAAGUGGAGAUAUAAAAACCGAAGCUUCAAUUUUUGUUGAAGAUCCUCCACAGGUUGACAAAGUGCUCCUCAAAAACUUAACGAGUGUUCCUACUGUGGCCAAGGCAGGGCAGAACGUAACCAUCAAGAUCCCUUUUGAGGGCCGGCUGCCAAUCAGAGCAGCUUGGCUGAAGGACAAGAUGGAGCUAGCAGAUGACACAAGGAUCCGUGUUGAUAAAACAGACACCUUUACCAAGCUGUCCAUCUCCAGCAGCGAGAGAAAGGAUGCUGGGGAUUACAAAGUCAGGCUGAAGAAUGACAGUGGGGUCCUGGAGAUCAACUUAAAACUUGUGGUAUUUGACAAGCCCCAACCGCCUACAGGGCCCAUCAAAAUCGUGGAGAGCUCUGCAAACGACAUCACCAUUCAGUGGAAGCCCCCAAAGGAUGAUGGGGGCAAACCAGUGCAAAACUACAUCAUUGAGAGACAGCAGGUGGGCAAGGACGAGUGGGUGACUUUGGGAGAAAGCCCCAGGAGCUGCACCACCUUCACUACCAACAAAGUGGAGCAAGACAUGAGCUACUACUUCAGGGUGAGAGCUGUGAAUGCCGAGGGCACCAGCGAUGCGCUGGAAUCGGAGGAAGUGAAGGCUGUCAGUAAGGCUACGCCUGGUGCCCCAGAUCCCCCUGAGGUUGUCAGUGCCAGCAGAGACGCCAUCACAAUAUCCUGGAAAGCACCUCAGAAAAGCGGCAGUUCCCGAAUUGUGGGGUAUCUCGUUCAGAAGCGCAAGAAGGGUACCAUGACCUGGCUGCCAGUCAACAGCGUGCCUAUAGCAGACAAGAAGCUGGAGAUGACCAAUCUCAAGAAAGGUCUGCAGUAUGAGUUCCGCGUGGCAGCUGUCAAUGCUGCAGGCACAGGAGAUGCCAGUGAACCGUCAAAGCCUGUCUUUGCACGGGAUUCCACAAAAUCUCUAGGUCAAGUGCAGGACCUUCAAGUGAGCAGCAGUGACAGCUCUAGUAUCACCUUGACAUGGAAGAGACCUGAAACGAACGAUGGGAGUGAUGUGAAGGGCUAUGAAGUGGAAGUGCGGUCUUCUAACAACCUCAACUGGACCAAAUGCAAUGUUCUUCCCAUAGAGACAACCACUUACACAGUCAAAGGCCUCCAAGCCAAGGAGAUAUACUUCCUGCGUGUGAGAGCCCUCAAUGACAGUGGCCCAGGAGAAGCCGCAGAGCUUGAAGCUCUCCUUGGCCCUGCUCCCCCCGUCGUUCCUCCAAGGUUACUAAUAGAUGACACAGUGAAAAGCUUCCUGGUUAUAAAAGCAGGAAAUACCAUCCGAGUGAAUAUUCCCUUUGAAGGGUCUCCAGACCCAGUGGUGACCUGGUUAAAGGAUGGGCAUCCUCUUCCAAGCCAGGCUACAAUAAAAACCAAAGAUGAUACCACGCAGCUGCUGAUUGGAGCAGCUGAGUUCACUGACAGCGGCACCUACACCGUUGAGCUCCAGAAUGGGUUAGGGAAAAGAGAAACGUUCAGCUUCCAAGUUCAAGUUACAGAUAUCCCGCAAUCGCCUGGACCUAUUCAACUGCAAGAGAAUGUGCCAAACACAGUGACAGUCACCUGGGAGCCAUCAGCAUCCGAGAAAUGGGAGAGAGAUCUCUACUACACAGUCCUGAAACGUGAAUCACAGAAGGGCACAUGGCGUGUGGUGGGCGACCUGAUCUACACCAACAAGUUCACGUUCACCCGCCUGAUCCCAGGCCGGGACUACUACUUUAGAGUUGUGGCAAAAAACAACUUGGGAACCAGUGGUCCAUCUGAAACUGUGCAGCCUUGGCGAAUCCGGAAACCAAAGGCUGAGUUUCACAUCAAACCUCAGAAGUACAAGGGAGUUAAUCAAAACCAGCCCCCGAGGUUCCUUGUCCCGUUGAAGCCUCACGUGGUGACCACCGGCAGCGAGUGCCACAUGAGCUGUGCGGUUGGAGGCCAUCCAGCUCCAAAGAUCAACUGGUACAAGGACAGUAGAGACCUCUCCACUGAUCCCACCUAUUUUUGCACGAACGACUUUGGAGUCUGCUCCCUGGUCAUCCUGGGUGUCACGAAACAGGAUGAAGGAGAAUAUAUGGUAGAAGCCACCAACGAAUCGGGCUGUGCGUUCAGCAAAGCCUUCCUCACUAUUAAAGACUCCACCCUGUAGCAUGACCUUCCUGAGACCAUCCCUGCACUGCUGUGUAAAUAUGAAGGGUUUUAUUGAGAACUGGUCUACACAAAGGCUAUGUCUUUCUUUGCAGAUGUGUGUUAUAGUCCGAGUGCUUUCGUUUUCAGAUCCAGUAGUUACAUUUGGAACAUGAUGCUGCACUGUAGCCAAAAUUGGGGGAAAAAGCAUUAAAAGAAUUGUAUCUCUUUGUAAUGAUCAUGGCUUUCCACUAGACCUUUAAAGCACAGUUAGAAGCUUCAGGAGCACAGAAGAUGAGAGGAAAAAUAGUUGGCCAAAAUGAAACUUUCCAAGGAGAACAAAGGUGGGAGAGAUCAUUCUGCCACCCCACUCACCUGUUGGCAGGCUGCAGCAAGAGUAUUUCUUGACACCAAAGAUCAAUGAAGCCUUUUAGUGCGUGAUUUUCUAAUCCAAAGCAAUCGUAUCAGUUUCCAUGUAAUUCUCAGCAGGUUUCCUAAUUGUGUUCUGCAUUUAUUCCACCGCCAGUAGCAGCCAAGUCUUUUAUUUUCCUUAACCUCUAAGCUGAAACCAGGAUCUGCCUGCUAGUUUUAUCUGGGCUAUAAAGGGAUGCAUCCUCAGAUUGGCCAACAUGGGGUAGUGCUACUCCCAGCAAAAAUUCAUUGAUGGGAAUGAUUGGAAACCUAGAAUCAAUUGUAUUUGUGUGUGCAGAUCAAUGCUGUACUUAGAAAAUCUACUAUAGCAAGUGCUGUAAACCAGGAUGUAUCUGUCCUAAACCAUCACCUUUGAAACAGAACUGCCCCUACCUCAUGUCCUUGCUGGAAUGUUUUUGCCUAAUGCAAAAAGAGGUUCAAAAUCUUCCAUGUUUGACCAGAAAGACGAGGUACCACCAGAGAUCUUCUGCCAUGGCUGGGGAAUUCCACCACUGAGUGGAGGAGGAGACUGGAAAGCACAAAUGUUAUGAGGACUGUACGAACAUACAGCCCUGGAGCCUUAGCACCAAAGGAACUUUGACAGCAUCUAGACAACAGGAGAGCGUAGAUCAAAGACUCAAAGGCACUGGAUCCUCAGACCCAGUCAAACAUUUAUGUGGGGCUGAAAUGUUCUUUCUGCUGCUAUUUUGUACGAUGUUGUAGACAAAGCAACAGUAGAUUAUGAAAUUAAACCAUAAUUCAGGCAAUUGCA